AUGUCACAGUCACAGUCACAGUCAAAGAAAAUCAAGAAAUUAGAUGAGUCAGUGAUUAACAAAAUAGCGGCUGGUGAAAUUAUAAUUCAGCCAGCCAACGCACUCAAGGAAAUGUUGGAAAACUCAAUCGAUGCCAAAGCAACCAACAUUGAAAUAGUUGUUAAAGAAGGCGGACUCAAACUACUACAAAUUACCGAUAAUGGUGAAGGGAUCAAUAAAGAUGACUUGCCUCUUUUAUGUGAGAGAUUUGCUACCUCAAAACUUACCAAAUUUGAGGAUUUGGAACUGAUUGCCACUUAUGGAUUCCGUGGUGAGGCAUUGAGUAGUAUAUCGCAUAUAUCGCGUUUAUCAGUAACGACAAAGACAAGAGACUCAAAAUUGGCUUAUAAGGCGUUUUAUUUGGACGGGAAACUAUGCACGUCAAGUUUCAAGUCGUCACUGGGCAAGUCAGUUGACCCCAAGCCCAUUGCCGGUCGAGAUGGGACACAAAUUACGGUUGAAGAUUUAUUUUAUAACUUGCCAUCACGUUUCAAGGGAUUGAGAUCAAAGAGUGAUGAGUUUGCCAGGAUUUUGGAUAUUGUGGGGAGAUAUGCAAUACAUACGCAACAUGUUGGUUUUAGCUGUAAGAAAUAUGGUGAUCCAUUACAUCAAUUGAAUACGAGGGCUAAUAUGGCGUUGAAGGAGAGAAUACGUACGGUGUAUGGAUCAGCUGUAGCCAACGAAUUGAUGGAUAUUACUGUUGGUUCCAGCUCGCCCAGCAACGACGAUGCAAGUGUUGAUGACAAAAUCGAGGAACUUGGUUUGCUCAAAGUUACAGGUGCCAUCACCAAUGCCAAUUAUAACAACAAAAAGAAGAUUCAGCCAAUAAUAUUUAUCAAUCAUCGACUAGUCUCGUGCGACCCUUUGAAACGAGCAAUAAAUUCGGUUUUCCAAUAUUUUCUACCUAGAGGCAACUAUCCAUUUUUUUACAUUAGUUUGGAAAUCAAACCAGAGUCACUAGAUGUCAAUAUACAUCCAACUAAACGUGAAGUGAGAUUUCUCAAUGAAGAAGAGAUUAUUGAUGUAAUAGUGGGGAAAGUUCAUGGUACUUUGGCAAAUUUCGAUACUUCACGCAAAUUCUCAACUCAAAGUAUAGUUUCGAAACGUGGAUUUGAAUUGGAUGAAGAGAGGUUGGAUGAACUUAAGAGUCAACAGCCAUUGAAAAAAUACCGACAGGAAAACAAGUUGGUUAGGAUUGAUGCCAGACAAUCCAAGAUCAAUCCAUUUUUGCAAGUGGAGUAUCCAACUAGUCAAAUAUUGAAUAGCAUUGAUGAUGAAUUGAUUGAAGAUGGCGUCCAGCUGCAGCAACAGCAACCACCACAACACCAAACUGGAGGGCUCGAUGAUGAUGAUAAUAAUGAAGAUUCAUUGGUGGCUGAUGUCACUGUUAUUGAUCAACCCGAUGUACCUACAUCCAGCAUCAACCCAACUCGGAUGCAAGUGGAAGUGAAUCUUGAAUCCAUUAGUAAAUUAAAAAGUGAAUUGUCAGAGUUUAUUGAUAAACCAUUAACCAAUGUAUUUAGUCAAGCUGUAUUUGUGGGGAUAAUCGACCCACUCAAAAGGCUAUGUUGUUUUCAAUACGAUGUCAAAUUAUACUUGUGUGAUUAUGCUGCUGUGUUGUUAGAGUUUUUUUAUCAAGUUGCAUUACAUGAGUUUUGCAAUUAUGGUGAAAUACAAUUCGAUGAACCAAUUGCGUUACAACUGAUAUUGGAACCAUUGUACGAACUUCAACAAGAUGAAAAUGAUGAUGAGUUAGUUCCCAUGAAUGAAGUUAUUGUUAAAAUAGUAAAGAUGAGAGAAAUGUUUAAUGAGUACUUUCAGAUCAAAAUUGACAACGAUGGGAAUCUUAUUACAAUACCAAUGAUUAUGCCAAACAUUCAACCUGACUUUAGAAAACUUGCUUAUUUUAUAUAUCGAUUAGGGACGAGAAUCAAUUAUGACAAUGAAAAACAAUGUUUACAUGGAAUAUUGAGACAAAUUGCAUUAUUGUAUGUUCCGGAACCACUUGACGAUGGUUGUGACCAAGAAGAACAACAAGAAGGUGGUGGUAUUGAUGAUGAUGUGGGGUCAAAACGUGAAUCGUUAGAACAUGAGUUGGAGAAUGUAUUAUUCCCUGAAAUAAAGAAGCAAUUUCUCGCAACAAAGAAUUUAGCUAGAGAUGUGAUUCAAAUUGCUGAUUUACCUGGUUUAUAUAAAGUAUUUGAAAGAUGUUGA